GUCCGCACCAGUUCUGAGUCGGCAGUUUGAUGCUUAGGGAGAGUCCCACGGCCCCACCCGAAAGGUGGGGACAUAAGACAUUCUACGCCCGUCGGCACACUGGCACGCGGGCUCCGCCCUCGCCGCGAGAGCAGCUCGGGCAGACCACCGACAGCCACCGAAAGGAUGCAUUUAUCACAUGUCCGAAGAGGAGCUCACGGUUCUUCGUGCGCAACUCGACGAUCUACUCGACAAGGGUUGGAUCUGCCCUAGCAGCUCACCUUACGGUGCGCCCGUUCUCUUCGUUCGGAAGAAGAACAAGGACCUUCGACUUUGCAUUGACUACCGACGSCUCAACGCGCAAACCAUCAAGAACGCGGGGCCUCUACCUCGCAUUGACGAUUUGCUUGAGCGGUUGGGCGGCGCUAAGUACUUUUCGAAGUUGGACCUCAAGUCGGGCUACCAUCAGAUUUCCAUCCGCCCGCAAGAUCGGUACAAAACCGCGUUUAAGACGCGAUAYGGGCAUUUUGAGUGGGUAGUUAUGCCUUUUGGCCUCACCAAUGCCCCGGCCACCUUUCAGGCGGCCAUGACCACCGAGUUUCGCGCUAUGUUGGACCGCUUCGUCUUGGUCUACUUAGACGACAUCCUCGUCUAUAGCCGAACUCUAGAGGAGCAUCUCGAGCACCUUCGCCGUGUCCUAGAGACUCUUCGGUCAGCCCGGUACAAAGCUAACCGCGACAAAUGCGAGUUUGUCCGGCAAGAGCUUGAAUACUUAGGUCAUUUUGUCUCUCCGGAAGGYAUYCGUCCGUUGGCGGACAAGAUUCAAGCCAUCCAGGAGUGGCCCGAGCCGAAGAAUGUGACGGACGUCCGAUCCUUCCUCGGCUUGGCCGGUUAUUAUCAGCGCUUCAUCAAGGGUUACUCGAAGAUCGCGGCCAACCUAAGCAAGUUACAAAGCGAGGAGCGGCCUUUUGACUUCGACGACAACGCGCACCAUUCUUUUGAGACACUCAAAGCGGCACUCUUGUCCGCCGAGGUGUUACAUAUUUACGACCCGCUUCUAGCUACGCGCGUCACUACCGAUGCGUCGGGCUAUGGCAUUGGGGCCGUCCUUGAGCAGCACGAUGGCACGGACUGGCACCCGGUCGAGUACUUUAGCAAGAAAGUACCUCCCGUGCAUUCGAUCGAUGACGCUCCGAAGAAGGAGCUUCUUGCCUUCGUCCACGCCCUCAAGCGUUGGCGACAUUUCCUCCUUGGUCGGAAAGCAUUCCGAUGGGUAACGGAUAACAAUCCGUUGGUAUUCUACAAGUCGCAAGACACGAUUAACAGUACUACUGCCCGUUGGAUGACUUUCAUCGACCAGUUUGACUUUUUCCCCGAUCACAUUCCCGGGAAGUCAAACCAUUUUGCGGACGACCUCUCACAGCGACCGGAUCUUUGCACCGCAGUCUACUCUACCUUCGAGAUCGACGACGACUUGCGAGAGAGCUUCAUCCGCGGCUAUCAAGCCGACCCCCACUUUCGCGACAAGUACGCGAAUUGCUCCUCUCCAAAUCCAGUGCCUUCGCAUUAUCGGAUCCAAGAGGGCUACUUACUUGUGCAUUCACGGGGUAAGGAUCUUCUUUGUGUGCCGAAUGAUUCACACUUGCGCACACGGCUUCUUGGCGAGUUUCACGAUGCGCCCGNUGAACUUGACAAAGUGAGGGUGAAACUAGUGAGAACAUAUGCACAUAAGUAGUAGAACAGCCAAGUGAGAAUCGAAACAUUACCAAAUGCAUGAGCUUGACGAAGUGAGGGUGAAACUAGUGAGAACACAUGCACAUAAGUAGUAGAAUAGCUAAGCGAGAUUCGAAACAUUACCAAAGGCAUGAACUUGACAAAGUGAGGGCGGAACUAGCGAGAACAUAUGCACAUAAGUAGUAGAACAGCCAAGUGAAAAUCGAAACAUUACCAAAUGCAUGAACUUGACGAAGUGAGGGUGGAACUAGUGAGAACACAUGCACAUAAGUAAUGAGACAACUAAGUGAGAAUCGGAACAUUACCAAAUGCAUGAACUUGACGAAGUGAGGGUGAAACUAGUGAGAACACAUGCACAUUAAUAGAACAGCUAACUGAGAAUCAAAACAUUACCAAAUG